CUCAGUGGGAGUAUAAGUUCAUGGUGGAACCAGUAUUGUGUGGGUUGCUGCUCAUGAUUUUGAUAUUUUGUGCAGUAGACCAGCUUCCAUGCAGACAUCUUUGCAGUAUUACACACUGUGCCUCUAGUAUAGACUCCAAGUAUUUGCAGAAUUAACCCAGAGAAAAGUGCCAAGAAAGUGCCUUGAACCAGAUUGAAUUAGUUACCAGAUUUCUGCACAGUUUGUAGGAACUGAAAUGUCAUGUAAAUAAGAGACUUUGAAAUAACUACUGUUUGUGAUGAUGUCAGCCCACUGGGAAUGAAGAUCUUUUUUGACAGUUUGUGAACACUUACAGCUAUAGGAUGAAUAACAAUGCCUUAGGGGGUUCCAUGGUCAUUCUCCUGCCAGAAAGACUUGACCCGAACCGAAAGAGUCACCAAGAUUUUGACGUGGCUUUGGCAAAGUAUCGCAUUGCAGCCCAGAAAAUACCUGAGUCACCUCUAUUAUGGAACAACAUUGCUAUGUGCUUCUUUGGCAAGAAAAAAUAUGUUGCUGCCAUAAGCUGCUUGAAAAGAGCCAAUUAUCUGGCACCAUUUGAGUGGAAGAUCCUGUACAACCUAGGCUUGGUUCACCUCACUAUGCAGCAAUACACAUCAGCCUUCCACUUCCUGUCUGCUGCUGUCAACUUACGGCCUACUAAAGGACAUAUUUUUAUGCUCCUUGCUAUUGCUCUUACCUAUUUAGAUGACGAGGAAAAUGCCGGCCAGGCAUAUGACCAGGCACUAAGAUUAGAGAUCCGUGAUCCGAGCAUCUGCCUCAACUACGCAAUCUUUCUGUAUAACCAAGAUUCCACGGAGGAUGCAAAAAGAAUGAUAAAUGAAUUUGAAGCAAGAGUUGUCAAAUUCAGGCAGUCCACUGGUGCAGAUCUUGAUACAGAGAUUUUAGAGAAUGGAGCAAAGUUAGCAGCACUUUUGGGUAUAGAUGGUACCGUUUUCCGCAAGAGAACUAGCAGAACAAGACUGGAGGCUCCUGAUGAGUCAAUACCUCCUGAGAAAGUUGGUGUUUCGAAUGUGAAUCAGGGUGUUGAGCAAGAUUCAGCCGCUCCAGCCCAAGCCCCAGAGAAUCCCCAAGAAGUCGGGGAAAAGUCCUUGCUGGUGCCUCCCUCAGAGAAUCCCGAGGCAGAUGAGGAACUCCCACCUUCAUGGAACGAGCAGUCAUUUGAGGAGAAGGAAGAUAAGGAGGAAGACGAUGACUUUGGGAAGGAAGAGGAGGAUUUGGUCUGAGUGUCGGGGUGAGGGAACUCCAUAGCAGAUUAAGUGAAGGUAGUUUUGGGGGAUUUACGGAUUGCUUCGGUUUGAUGACUUCGAGUGUCCUCUGUAAUUUAGGUAUUUUUUGUGAAAUAUGUUUUCCGUGUUUUGAUUAUGUGCAGUUGGUAUAUUAUUUAGUUCUUUCUUCCUUUUGCAUCUUAUAUCACAAAGUUGAUAAAGAUGUUUAGAAAUAUUGUAGUUCUGCAAAAUGAUAAUAUUAUGUAUGGUGAAGCUUUACGUAAUUGUGUGUAAAAGGAGUGAGAUUCAUUGAACUUUGCAUAUCUGGUCAUUGUAUUCUCUUCAUAUUUUGUGGCACUGAAUGAUAGUGCGGCAGAAGAAAGUAGAUUUCAUUUUAUGCUGGUAAUUUAUGGCUUUUCACGAAGGGUAGGACAAGGGCCUGGUAAAACUCCUUCACCUCCCUAUCUGUUUUAUCAAGCAACAUUUGAAAGUGCACUGCAUAUAUGUUUUUUAAAUUUUAUUUCAUAAAUAACUAAGAGUAAUCAUUGGCAUAUGUAAAGUGUUUAUUUGAAUGAUCUGUAGAGUAUGGGAAGUUAUAUGCACAGUAUGAACAUAUGUGGUUGUAGAUUUUAUAUAGCAAUAAAUGCCUUGUACACUUAUUACCAAUGAAAUGUAUUGCAAAUGUGAUCAUUAGAAAGAGAUUCCGUCCACUAUGUACAAAUAGUGAUUAUGAAGAAAUAUUUUUGUCUGGCAAGAAUAAUUUUAUUUCCCUAUUUAUACUAAUAAAUUGCCAACUAUGUGAGUGGUCUUUAGAUAAAGCU